ACCAUAGAGGAGGGCAGAGUUGUUACACCGGAACAGUGAGGGUGAGCACCAGGACAGACCAGAACACCACAACCAGUCCCUGCUGUUUAUACCGACCAGUAGCGGAGGGAGGCUUUCCUUUUGAGCUAAUAUUUAUUUUACUUUACAGCAGCAGGAAGAGAGCAGCUGGUUACCGGUUAGUCAGUCAGAGCGCGCGGACCAGCAGCAGCUAGCUUAGCUUAGCUUAGCUUUAGAAGAAGGAAGCUUCCAGCAUGAGGCUAAAGGUGGGAUUCCUCCUGCGGAGUUUAAUGCUCAUUGGGACCUUCCUGGGUUUGGUGAUACUCUGGUCAUCUCUGUCUCCGAAGCCCAACGAUGACAACCCGUUCGCUAAAAGGCAGGGGGACAGUUUCCUCCCCAAAGAGGACUUGGUGGAUCAUUUCAAGCCUGUGGUCCCCUGGCCCCGGGUGGAGGGGGUGGAGGUUGACCUGAACUCUAUCAGACUGAAGCAUGGAGGAGCCGACCCUCAGGGCCAGCAGCAGCAGCAGCAGCAGCCGGACCAGAAGCAGGUCAUCCAGCAGCAGUAUGUCACAUUCAAACCUCAGACGCACGCCUACAACAGCCCCGUGCUCAGGAAAGGGAUCCUGGGAAACUUUGAGCCCAAGGAGCCUGAAGCUGAGGGAAUCCCUGGGGGUCCAGGGGAGGGAGCCAAGCCCUUCGUUUUGGGUCCGGAGUACAAAGACUCGGUCCAGGCUUCCAUUAAGGAGUUUGGUUUCAACAUGGUGGCCAGUGACAUGAUCUCCCUGGACAGAACCAUCAAUGAUUUACGCCAUGAAGAGUGUAAAUACUGGCACUAUGACGACCGGCUGCUGACCUCCAGCGUCAUCAUAGUGUUCCAUAACGAGGGCUGGUCCACGCUGAUGAGGACCGUGCACAGCGUCAUCAAGAGGACGCCCAGGAGAUAUCUGGCUGAGAUCGUCCUCAUAGACGACUUCAGUAACAAAGUCCAUCUGAAGGAGCGUCUGGAGGAUUACAUCAAGCAGUGGAACGGCCUGGUGAAACUCUUCAGAAAUGAUAAAAGGGAGGGACUGAUCCAGGCCAGGAGCAUCGGAGCCAAUAAGGCCACCAAAGGACAGGUUCUGAUCUACCUGGAUGCUCACUGUGAGGUUGGAAUCAACUGGUAUGCUCCGCUUGUUGGGCCCAUCUCAGAGGACAGAACUGUUUGUACGGUGCCUCUGAUCGACUCCAUCCACGGCCAGAGGUUCAACAUCGAGCCCCAAGGUGGAGGAGACGAGAACGGCUUUGCUAGAGGAGCGUGGGAUUGGAGCAUGCUCUGGAAGAGAAUCCCGCUCGGAGACAGGGAAAAAAACCUGAGAAAAACAGUAACUGAGCCAUAUAGAUCUCCAGCAAUGGCCGGAGGUCUCUUUGCUAUAGAGCGAGAGUUCUUCUUUGAGCUGGGUCUGUAUGAUCCCGGCCUGCAGAUAUGGGGAGGAGAGAACUUUGAAAUAUCCUAUAAGAUCUGGCAGUGCGGCGGCCAGCUGCUCUUUGUGCCAUGUUCUCGUGUCGGCCAUAUCUACAGGCUGCAGGGCUGGCAGGGAAACCCCCCACCUGCACACGUUGGCUCCUCCCCCACGCUAAAGAACUACGUCCGUGUGGUGGAGGUGUGGUGGGAUGAUUAUAAGGACUACUUCUACGCCAGCCGUCCUGAAACUCUGACCCUGGCCUACGGAGACAUCAGCGAUCUGAAGCGUUUCAGAGAGGAGCAUCGAUGCAAGAGUUUCAAAUGGUUCAUGGAGGAGAUCGCCUACGACAUCCCACAUCACUACCCUCUUCCUCCAAAGAACGUGGAGUGGGGGGAGAUCCGAGGGUUUGAGACCAGCUACUGCAUCGACAGCAUGGGACACACCAAUGGAGGGAAUGUGGAAAUGGGCCCCUGCCACCGGAUGGGGGGCAACCAGCUGUUCCGCAUCAAUGAAGCCAACCAGCUGAUGCAGUACGACCAGUGCCUGACCAGAGGGGAGAACUCAGCCGUCAUCAUCACACACUGUGAGAGGAACCAGCACACAGAGUGGAGCUACUUCAAGGAUCUCCAUCGGUUCACUCAUGUUCCAACAGGUAAAUGCCUGGACCGCUCAGACCUGCUCCACAAAGUGUUCAUAUCGGACUGCGACGUCAGUAAAAGCACCCAGAAAUGGGAGAUGAACAACAUCGUCGCCGUAUGAAGAGUUAAAGGAAUCCAGCCCUGGAUGGAGAAACAUCUGGUUUCUAAUCUUUGCUAUAACCGUCGGUUCAGGAAGGUGAACGCAAUCAUUUCACAGACAUUUUUAAAUCUGAUUUGCUCGUGUAUUACCAAAGUCAGACCAUCUGAUUGGUCUGCAACACUCCAUGGCUUUACUCCGUGCUUCCUUCCAUCAAACUGUGUAGAAAAAUGAGAAAUGUGAGCUGAAGACGACGGAUGAGGUAGUAGUUGAUUUUCUCACAUGGCAGCUGGUUGUAUUGCUGUGAUUGACUCCAUUGCACUGACUCUAACAGGCUCAUAGCUUCUCCUCCGUACCUUUAGCUUAAGUUGUUCUCGUUCGGCUGGAAUUUAAUUUGCACUCUGAAGCUAAAAGGAAGGAACGCUAACCUGUGGCUGUUUCUCCAAACUAACCCAUUCCAAGCACAGUUUCCAUUUCUCCACAUCUGAAACUAUGAAAACCAUAAAGGACUGCUAGCCUUACUGGAAUAUCGUCAGGUAAUCAGAUUACUGUGAACUGGUAACGGUCUGUGAUCAGCUGGGUUUAUAAUCAUGUGGGAUAUAGGGGGUGGGGGGGUUAUUCUGGUUUAUUCUUGAUCAUGUUUGCAACAUUUUGUACGACGUAAAUGAAGAUGUUUCUAAAGGAGACGGUGUAUAAUAUCAGAGGCCCUUAAUGAUGUAAAUAUCUAACUUAUAGCAGAGAUUUAAUAAUAUGGGCCAAACAAUCGGGGCAGUGCUGAAAUAAACACUUUUUACUA